AGGGUUGCUGCGGACGGCACCACUAUGUCUGGCGAGGUCAGCGCGACUGGGGCGUCGCCCAGGGCCCCGCGUCCGGGGACUCAGAAGUCGUCCAGCACAGUGACCAAGAAGGGGGAUCGCGGGGCCAAGGAGAAGCCAGCGACCGUCCUGCCCCCGGUGGGUGAGGAGGAGCCCAAAAACCCUGAGGAGUACCAGUGCACUGGAGCCCUCGAGACCGACUUCGCCGAGCUCUGCACCAGGUCCGGCUACACAGACUUCCCCAAAGUUGUCCUGCGGCCCCGCCCGCACCCAACCUCUCUCCCAUCUGCCUCCUUGUCGGAAAAGCCCACCCUGGACGAUCAGUGGCUGUCGGGUUCUUGCAGCCUCAACAGUCUGGAGAGCAAAUACGUGUUCUUCCGGCCCACAAUCCAGGUGGAGCAAGAGCCAGAAGACAAGUCCGUGAAGGAAAUCUACAUCCGCGGCUGGAAAGUUGAGGAUCGGAUCCUGGGCAUCUUCUCUAAGUGUCUGCCCCCCCUCAGCCAGCUGCAGGCUAUCAACUUGUGGAAGGUGGGGCUCACUGAUAAGACCCUGGCCACACUCAUCGCCCUCCUACCUCUCUGCUCACCCACUCUCAGGAAGGUGUCUCUGGAGGGGAACCCACUGCCAGAGCAGUCAUAUCACAAGCUCAUGGCACAGGACAGCAGGAUCGCGCACUUGUCUCUGAGGAAUAACAACAUCGAUGACCAUGGGGCGCAGCUCCUAGGCCAGGCUCUGUCCACACUGCACAACUGCAACCGAACCCUGGUCUCUCUCAACCUGGGCUUCAACCACAUCGGGGACGAGGGCGCUGGUUACAUCGCCGACGGCCUCCGGCUGAACCGCUCCCUGCUCUGGCUGUCCCUGGCCCACAACCGCAUCCAGGACAAGGGCGCUCUGAAGCUGGCCGAGGUCCUGCGGCCCUUUGAGCUGACGCACACCGAAGUGGUGGAGCGGCGCCGCCUCCUGCUGGAAAAGGGGACCCAGGAACGCUUGCGGUCGCCUUCCUCCUCUCGACAUGGCGACUCCAAAACAGACCGUGAGAAGAAUCAGCUGGUGGGAGUCAGCAGUGUUGCACUGGUGGACAAGACAGAUAAGAUGCAGACAGUGAAGACCCCUAAGAGCCUGGGCAAGAAAAAGGAGAAGUCAGGGGAAGUGGUGAAGAAAGAGGAGAAGUCGGGGUCUGGGCAGUCACCCACACAAGGGACCCCAAAGAAGGAAGACUCUACAAAGGCAGGCAAGGGGAAGGUAACCAUCCCUGAGCAGAAACCGAUCAAGGGAAAAGGGCCAAAGACUGGAAGCAAAGAGAAGCGCAGCAUCCUCCUGGAGUCAGAGCUGGUGGCUGAAACCACUGAGAUGGUCAAUCCUCUCUUGGAGCCUGUGGAACACCGAGACGGGAAGGUUUUCAUGCCUGGGAACAAGGUCCUUUUGCACCUCAACCUCCUCCGAAACCGCAUCACUGAGGUGGGGCUGGAGGGCUUCCUCAUCGCAGUGCAGUACCAGGCACAGUUCUCCAAGUCCAAGAGUAUGUCCAAGGGUCCCGUGGGGCUGCUGUGGCUCUCUCUGGCGAAAAACUGCUUCUCCGUGCAAUGUCCUAUGUACACCAUGAUUCAAGAGUUGAUGCUGCCAAGGGACCCCAUCAGUAAGGCCAAGCUCAGAGAGGAGGAGGCCAUGGCUUUCUCCACCUAGUGCCUCCUGCUGACUCUGGGCCGCAGAAGCAUUUUCUGUCCGUCUGGGCUUACUGCCCUGGGGGAGAUCUCAGAUCAUUAACAAGGUCCAUUGCUGUACUUUUUUCCUUGAGGUUGUUGGAAAUUUGGUCCAGAGCUACUUGGAAUGUUUGGACUGAGUCUGUUCGUGUAACAUGACCAGAAAUGGCCGAAUCGCUUCACAGUUCUGCUGGGUCCUUGCUUUUCUGCCACCUGGGGGCCUAGUUCUUGCUCACUCAGGCCAGUCACUCUAGUGCAGAUGUCCACAAUCUGAAACCAGGGACACCCAGAUGGUGUGGGGCCAGAGGUCUCAGGAGAGCUGGGGGCCCAUCAGUGUGGCUUCCUGAGAGGACCUACCGACAAGGCCAAGAGUGCACAGGGCUGGGUUUUGUGUAACUAACAUCCACUUUACAGGGAGCAUCCAGAGAAGUGUCCCUUCACCUCUGGGCAGAUUUAACCUGGUCCAUCUCUUCAUCCUGUUGCAUUGACAGGGACUGCUCUCCCUGCUGAGAACUCUCUUGGCGAGGCUCAGUGGCUCUCUCCCAAGUCUCUCUGCAUCUGAUCACCUGGGGUGCUGCUCAGCCUCCAGGUGGCUGGCUGAGCUUCUUCAAGAAAACUUCAUCAGCUGUUUGGAUUCCCAACACUGAGCACAUUACAGGUGCUUGGCAAGGAUUAGUUACCUAAGCUUCUCCAGUUAUUCCUGCCUGAGUCCUUCUAAAGUAAAGCUUCAG